AAAAACAGUGCUUUUGAUCAUAACUUGAAGCUAGUUGUCGGUGACAGUACAAAUAAUAAUGCUACUAGUACUAUUAACUACUUCCACUAAGCCAUGGCUUCUGCUACUGCUGUUGAGUCAUCACUAUCACUUUCACCAUUUUCUUUACUUGUAUUAGCAAGACUUUCAGCUUCUAUUGUUGCUCUUCUUGUUCUUACUUGGGCUCUACAUUUCAAGACUAGUUUUCACCCUACUUCUUCUUCUUCUCAAGAAGACCUUAUUUAUGCUGUGCUUCAUCCAUUAUUAAUGGUGAUUGGGUUCAUUCUCAUAAGUGGAGAAGCCAUAUUGGUGCAUAGAUGGUUGCCAGGUUCAAGAAAUUUGAAGAAAUCAGUGCAUUUGUGUCUACAAGGACUGGCUUUGGCUUGUGGGAUUUUUGGGAUAUGGACAAAAUUCCAUAGUAGAGAUGGGAUUGUGGCUAAUUUCUACAGUUUGCAUUCAUGGAUGGGUAUCAUUUGUGUUUCCCUUUUUGGUGCUCAGGUUUUAGCACUAAGAACCUUUUUGGAUAUAGCCAAGACUACAACAUACGGAUUCACAACUUCUUCUGCUCUGGAGUUCAAAAAGAGCGCAAUAAUGGAUCACGUAGUGAACUCACGAGUGGUUGAUGGGCUUCUUAAGCUUUUGGCACAGAGGAGAAGUACGAAUGACAAGAAUACGUAUACUUCCAUGGCAUGUAUUCCUCGGCUUAUACACAUAUGGAUUGGCUGUAGCAACAGCAGAAACAGGACUUCUCGAGAAGUUGACCUUCUUGCAAACAAACGGAGCUGUGCAGAAACGCUGCACAGAGUCCAUGAUCGUUAAUGGCAUGGGACUCGGUUUAGCUCUCCUUAGCGGCAUGGUUAUCUUUGCUGCUGUGUUGCCAAAACAUCAAAUGUCACAUUCUAAGACUGUUUACUCUAGUAAUAAGCUGCAUUCUUAGUUUCUCAUACGUUGUGUAUACCGAUAAUUCUCAUGUAAAUACGCGGUGUUGUUUAUAAUAUGAAGAAGGUCCAAUAAGUUCCUUUUUUUUCAA